AGUCAGACCAGCCUGACGGGUCUCGCUCACUGUUUAGCAAACUAGCAGUGUCUAAACACCGAGUUAACGAUAUAUUUUGCAUUUCGGGCAUCAUUGUCAGUUUAGAAAUGCUGUGUCAUUAACGGGCAUCUCUUUCGGUUUUUGACACGUUUGUAUAUCUUUGCUAUACACAGAGACGUUGAGUGUAUAAAGAGUCUGGAGCGAGAUAAGGAAACAUGCUUCCGCCGUCGGAGAGGGAUUUUGUGUCGCUGACUCUCAGUGAAAGCGGCAGCUACACGAACGGCAAGCAGUGGCGCAGGCAGUCCUGCUUGAGGAAAUGGAAACAGCUGUCCAGAUUGCAGCGCAGCCUGAUCCUGUUUACACUGAUGUUGCUGCUUGUGUGUGGAAUAGUUACAUCUCCCACUCUCAUAGCCCACUGGAGAGAUGGUGCAUUAGGGGAGAACACAGAUGAUGGAAAACAGCCGUUUGUUUUAGACUUGAAAAAUGAGUACAAGUUCGUUCUUCCUGAGCCGCCCUCUGAGAAAAAGGGCUUGCGAAGACGAGGACCCCCUGUUUUGCAGAGCCGUUUACACAGCAAAACAAAUGCAUCUGAAGGAGGAAAAGCAGUUGUCAGUUGGCGUGAAGCUGUAAUAGACCAAGGCCAAGUGUUUGACACUGACAUCAAGGAGGCAGAAAUCCAAGAAAUUACCCAUGCAGAGAGCAGGCUUGAGGCUGUAAGAGAAGCAUUUAGACACGCCUGGAAGGGCUACAAGGACUUCGCCUGGGGUCAUGAUGAGCUCAAACCCAUCUCUAAAUCAUAUGCAGAGUGGUUUGGACUUGGGCUAACCCUGAUUGAUGCUCUGGACACAAUGUGGAUCUUGGGUCUAAAAGACGAGUUUGCAGAGGCCAGGGAGUGGGUGGCCACAGAACUGUCCUUCGAUAAGAACGUAGAUGUUAAUCUGUUCGAGAGCACCAUUCGUAUCCUGGGUGGCCUGCUGAGCACUUAUCAUCUGACUGGAGACUCUGUAUUCCUGGAGAAAGCUAAAGAUAUUGGCUCCAGACUGAUGCCCGCCUUCAACACAGCAUCCAAAAUCCCUUACUCUGAUGUGAAUAUCGGAAAGGGGACGGCUCACUCUCCUCAGUGGACUUCAGACAGCACCGUGGCUGAGGUCACCAGCGUUCAGCUGGAGUUCAGAGAACUCAGUCGACUCACUGGAGACCCCAAAUACAAGCUGGCAGUAAUGGAGGUUAUGAAUCAGGUCCAUAAACUAGACGGGAAGAAUGAUGGGUUAGUGCCCAUGUUCAUCAAUACAAACAGCGGCCAGUUUACACACCAAGGCAUCUACACACUGGGUGCCAGGGCCGACAGCUACUACGAGUAUCUGCUGAAGCAGUGGAUUCAGGGAGGCAAGAAGGAGAAUGACUUGCUGGAGGACUAUCUGCAGGCUAUAGAAGGGGUGAAGAAGAACCUGCUGAGGAAGUCUAAUCCUCUAGGCCUCACGUUUGUAGGAGAGUUGUCCCACGGACACUUAAGUCCUAAGAUGGACCACUUAGUAUGUUUCCUGCCUGGCACGCUGGCACUGGGGGCACAUCACAGCCUUCCUGCUGACCACAUGGAGCUGGCAAAAGAGCUGAUCGAGACCUGCUACCAGAUGUAUGCUCAGAUGGAAACGGGUCUUAGCCCUGAGAUAGCUUACUUUAACAUGCAUGAGGGUAGCAAGCAGGAUGUAGAAGUGAAGAUUGCAGACAGGCACAACCUUCUACGGCCAGAGACUGUAGAGAGCCUCUUCUAUUUAUACAGAUUCACCAAGGAUAAGAAGUACCAGCUGUGGGGCUGGGAGAUCCUACAAAACUUCAAUAAGUACACGAGGGUUUCCACCGGAGGUUACUCGUCCAUAAACAACGUUCGUGACCCAGCCUAUCCCAACCCUCGAGACAAAAUGGAGAGCUUCUUUCUCGGUGAGACACUCAAAUACUUUUACCUGCUGUUCUCAGACGACCCCGACCUUAUCAGCCUAGAUAAAUACGUGUUCAACACUGAGGCUCAUCCUCUGCCCGUAUGGCCAGACGCAGAGUGAUGGACCCAUGUGCACGCACACAACCAAAUGCACCUCUCUCAGGGCCAUCAGUACACAAAGAUUUGAUUCUAUCCUUUUGAUAUCUUCUUUUCUAUACCAGGGACUCUUUUUGUAAAUUAAAUGAAUGUUAUAGCCAUGACAUCAGUUUGUAAAUGAAGAUGUCUAGGUUCCAAAUAUGGUCUGAACUAGCAGUCCGUAUGUUUCUGCUAAUGGAAUUUCUGACUGUAACUAUUUAUUCAUUUAAGAAAAAUAACAUACGUUUUCAGUGACUGAUGAACACAAAGUGUCAUCUGUGCCUGAAUCGUGUCGUCUUAUAUGAAGGGACAGAUCUGUAGGUGAUGAUGCUGUUGUUAGCCCACUGAAUCAGUGUGUGCAGUUUGCAGUCUUGUCAGCCCACACACGCAGACAUUAAAACAUUCAUACUGUGAAAUCUUACGGGGACUGCAAGCACUUAAUGGUUUGUACAGGGAUUUUAAUGUGCGUGUUUUGUUUUUAUGAAAGACCUGCUGCUGUUUCCUGUUGUGUUAGGAUGUGGGGUUCUAGGGGGUCUUUCAUCAUCAUGUGAUUGACCUUUGAAUUGUUUCUUAGACCAUUUAGCAUAUAGAAAUACCAGACAGCACUUAAUGUUUUAAGCUAAUUGGGGUUUAAUGGUGGGAAAUGAAAAUGCACUGUUCAUUCCAUUCCUAAGAAUUUCUCUGUGCAUUUUAUUCUUUUUAAAUUAUUUUGAGUGUAAAACUUCAAACUUGCUUUGACUGAUUUAGCUGCCAUUCCUGCAAAUAAGGAAAAUUUCAUUUUUGAGUCAAGUGAGGUGUUUGGUUUAUAAUUAUAUAUAACGUAUCUAGAUUUGAUGUUAAGGUUGUCUAGCAGGUGGUGGUUUGAACUUAUAUUCUUAUUCCAGGGUUAUAUAUAUAUAAUAGUUUGGUCCAAUGUAAUUAGAUUUUUUGUGGUAGAAAUGUAAGUACUGUAAGGGAGUCUUACUCAAGCACAAUAUUUAAAAACCAAGAAUCUAUGAUGUGUCUUAUGUACUUCUAUCACUUUCAGGGGACCUACAGUAGAUGUGAUUGACAGUAGUAUUUAUGUAUGAUCAAUAUUGUGUACAAGCAGAAUUUAGGAUAUUUAGUAAAGACAUUUCUUUUUUUAAUUUUUGUGAAUUUAUUUAUUAGUUUAACUUGUGAAAAGUUUCUUUGGGCGACUUAAAAAUUCUCAAAAUUCUCUUUUUCUUGGGGGAAGGAAAAUUCUUUCCGAUUUUGGAUCAGUUUAUGUGGGCCUUUGUGCCCCGAAUGUCUUAAGGUAACCGACAACAGUUAGUGAAAACGUUUUAAAAAUCGUCAGUGAAUAUUCCUGCUUUGCUUAAAUAUCACACAUGUAUUGACAUGUAAUUUUGUUUUGAAAGUUAAAACUUCUACUUUAUCCAGAUGGAACUUUGAGUUGUAGUUUUGUGUGUACAAUACCAGUGCAGAUGUUAAAAAACGGCUCUGGUGAUGUUUAAUUUCACGUGUGCCUUUCAAAACACGCAGGGCAAUGAUGAAGAAAUGUUGUGUUUUUAUCAAAAUCUAUUUUAAUCAUCUCACGCUUGUUGUGAAGCUGUUUACAAUGUCUUGUUUCCUGAAUAAACAAGUAUGAUAUUUCAGUCUGUGAGGGUUAAAUUAACAUGUUUACUGUUUCUUUGUAACUUUCCUUUUGAAGCGAGAUCUUAUGUUUGAUAAUGAAGGGCUUCUUAUGAUACAGUUGUUUUAUUAAACAUCUUAAUCAUCUGCUUCUUAGAUAUGACAAAUCAACAAGGUUCUAUAACAUUUAUACACCAAAGAUGUGCCUAGAAUUUCAAAGAGGAAUCUGAACUGAGAAAAAUAACAUUGAGUUAUAGAUGUGGUACAGCUGUAAAUUUUUUCGACUGAAGCUUCCCCAGAUCCAUUUGGCAUUCUAAAAUUAUUGAUUUAGAUAUGGGAGAAAGAUUGUACAUAAUUUUGUACAGAUAGAUUUCAUAUUUCUGGAAUAUUAUCCUUUAAUGUUUAUUUCUGUGGAAAAUGAAUGGAUUUAUUCAAUAUUUUACAAGUUUACAAAUGUAGAAAUAAAUUGUGAAAAACUCA